GCCCCCCUAGAAAUAUUCUCAAAGGUUUAACUUAGCCACAUGGCAAAACCAGCGUUUGUUUUUCUUCCCACCAACUGAUACACUUUCAAAACAUUUAUUUAUUUAUUUAUUUUUUCUCCUUUCUCUGUCCCGCAAACUCUCCCUUGUUUUUCUUAACCGCUCCACCUUACAUUUACAUUACUUCCUCUCCUCUCUUCCCAUAAAGAACCCUCUCUUCAAUCUGCCUUUUCCAAGCCCAUUCACCCCAUUUUUUUGGUCGUUCCAUUCCAAAGUUUAUACCCCCAUUUUGGUUUUUUGUUAAUCUUCAAAACAAUGGGGAGAGUUGGGCUGGAAUCAGAUGCAAAGUCACAGUUGGUCCUAGAAAUUUGCUCCAUGUCAGGCACUCCCAUUGCAUGUUCUCACAGGCACCAUUUCAACAACUCUGUUAAGUCACAUUUCAUCGACUGGUAUCGUGUUCUAGGAGAUCUUCCCUUGCAGGUGGCAGAAGAUGCAGGAACAGAGCUUGUCAAAAAGCGUUAUCAUAAACUUGCUUUGCAACUUCAUCCAGAUAAGAAUAAGCAUCCAAAAGCUGAGAUUGCCUUCAAGCUUGUCUCACAGGCAUAUACAUGUCUUUCUGACAGCGUGAAGAGAAGAGCUUUUAACUCGGAGAGGUGGAAAUACUUCUGCAUUGAAUGCAACAGAAUCCCAUACACAAGCGGCAAUUCCCUUGCCAAUUCACGAUAUUCGUCAAAACCCAGGGCGCAGGGCCCUACAAGCUGUGCAAGGUCUAGUAGAGUUGUGCAAGGUCUAAAAGAUAUCAGAGAUAGAUUGAAAGAGGAAGUCAGGGUUAUAGAACACUGCUUGAGGGUUAAUAGCUUGUCCAGGAGAGAAUCACCGCCCUUUGAUCCAUCAAACAAUCUUUGUCAGAGUAAGAUUAGACAAAAGAGUCAGCGAGAGACCCCGAUUUUUGAACCUUUGGAUUAUUUAUUUCAAGGCUACCCACACUUGAGGGUUCAAAGUUACAAGAAACCUGAGAGCUUUUGGCACUUGCAAAGGAGAAGUGUGCAGGGAAGAGGGACGUAUCAGUCCCCAAUCUUUGAGAAUGCAUCAACAACAGGAAUAUUUAGGGGAAUGCUUAAGAGCAAAUCUGUUUGUAUUUAUUCAUGACCAUCAUUCUUUAGCGUCAAUCAAAACAAAGAAAUCUGCUUUUGAUUUAUAGAAGAAUUUGAUUCAGUCAAACGAGAAUUCUUCUUUACUCUA